AUGGACUACACAGCCUCACCACAACUUCCUUGCGACACAGGAUCCACGGAACCAAUGGCAUCUACAUCAAGAAAGCGUUCGCGAAGCCCAUCUGCUGAACUCCCGAAUGAGAAAAAGCUUCGCGACAAGAGUCCUGAGUUAGAUUCACGCCGAGAUCUCCUUGUCACCCCCAAACAAUCCCAAUGGGAACCGAUCAUACAGCCAGCAACACCACCACAGAGGGGUCAUCCUCGGGCCAAGCUCAGGGAAGAGCAAUACCAGCAGCAAUUAGCUGAUACUCUAACCCCGAGCCUUCUGAAUCACCAGAGGUCACUGCCAUUCACUCCGGCAGCAGAAACUUCCCGCGAGUCCCCUCUCUCACCUCUCCCUAAAGUCCCGGUCCUACCAUCACUGAAUGGCAUGAAUUUGGAACAUAUUCUCCAAGGAGAUACGAUUUCACUUGGUUCUGAGCAGAAAAAGGAGAUCUACAGGUGGAUGAGGAAGAACAAUGCUCGCAUGAUUGGCAAUCACCGAACCGAAUUCGUCCAGCUGCUCGACACUCUCGGUUUCACGGACCCGACACUCGCCCCUCUUGUACAAAAGCCCCUACAUACGAAGCUCCGGCAUCUGAUCAUGCGAAUUGGAGUCGAGCUUAGGAAGACCGGAGUCAUCAUCGUUUCGAAGGAGCAGGGCAAGAAGGAGGUUGUUCGGUUCGCUAAAUGGACUGACAGCUGGCUUGAAGACGACUGGGACGGCACGAUUGCGAAGCCGGCUUGGACAAAUCAGUUCAUGGCGCCGGAUUCUGACGAUGAGGCAUGGUUAGGGGGAGAGUCGGCCCAGCCACGAAUCCCAGCAGCCAAUUUGGAUUCUUCCCCUGCUGGUACUAAGCCGCUCGUGAUUCAGGAGCAGGAAGCUGACAACAGUGAUGCGCAUGCGGGGCUUGCUGGUCAGAGACGAGGGAGCGAUGCAAUGAGAGACUUGGAGGAAUCUAACAAUAGAGGCUUCCCUUCCUCCUACCGCGCCAUGCAUGGUACUCCCGAACCCAAUUACCCGGUCGACAUGUCGCAGCUACCACAAUACCAGGACGUCCCGCUAGCACCCGUUGGCCGCAACACCCCCCAUAGCGCGCAGCUCGCGUUCUUGAACGUCGUGGCAGCUGUUGAUGAUUACUUUCAUAAAGAAGACAACGAGGAAGAAGGUUUUGAAGCUGAUGAUGAGGAUUCAGAUUUCGCAUUGGUUGAUGAGGAUAUCGCGGAGGAUUUGGAGAUAAUAUAA